AUCUCUCACAAUCGCAUUCACCAUAGCAGUAAUGGGUAAGUUGUUUAAUCAUCUUUGUAUAUGCAAAUGAUGAUUUUCUCUUAUGGUGUUAACACUCCCUUAUUUCAAUUUGUUUACUUUAACUUUCUUUUUAGUUCGUUUAAAAAAGAAUGUCUCGUUCCUUUCACAUUUUGAUACAUUCUAACGUUUGGCCAUGAGAAUGUUUCACUUCUUUUCCGAAAAAUUAUUUCACUUUAUUUAAAAAUUAACGUUCGGCCAUAAUACAAUCUAAAACAUAUUUUCACUUUUUUCUUCGCUUUUUUCACUUUUAAUACAUUCAAACAACCAAAUAUUCUUUGCAAAACUAUAAUCAACCAACUCCAUCUUCAACUCCAACUUCAAAAUUCCAAAUAAUGUGAAAAAUAUUUGAUUUUCCUGGCUAAACGCCUACUUAGUUUAAGACUACAAGAGUGUUAAUGCUCCGUGCCAAAUCAAACCCAAACAAACAAAUUGAAACAAAGGGAGUGAUAUUUUGUAUAUGUAAACAAGUUUUUGAUAGUGCAGGGGAAGAAGAAGAAAUGGAAGGAAAAGUUAUGGAAGGAGUUGCUUCAAUAGCACUCAUUGAAAACGGGUCUAUUUCGGGUCACUUCAUUCAUCUUCCUCAUUCUAUCUGCUAUGGCAUCCAUGGCACUGAGAUGGUUUGUGAAAGGGAAUGCAGUAGGGGUGAGGACUACCGCUUGUUGAAGCUCACAAUUAUUGACUACAAUAGAAAAAGAGAAAGGGAUGUUAUAGUGGAGUGCAAAGGACAUGAUGCUGCUAGGAUUCAGAAUGUUGACCAUGCUCAUGGGUGGGAGGAUGAUGUUGUCAAUAUGCUUGACAAGAAGGAUCAGAAGAACAAGAUUCUUGUUUCUUUCGAGUGUGAGACACUGAAAGCGGGUAAAGCAGCAGAGGACCAUAUCAACAAAUUCAUGCCCAAGUUAGCCGGGGCGGAUGCUGUUGUUAGAACUUGCAGUUAACAUUGGCAAGAUGAGGAUUGUAGGCUUGGACUUCGAAGAUGCAAAUGGAGAUGGAGAUGGAGAUGAUAACCAGCAGAAUAUUUGAGCUGCAGCUCAUCUGCACUACCGGGCAGUUUGACUUAAAAAACUGUUUCAGAAGUUAAACUAGAAUGUAUUAUCUAGUUAGUCAUGCAGUUUUAGGCUCAUUAUCUCGGCGUUAAGCCCCUCUUGUAAUUAUAUUACCUCAAAAGCUGUUAUGGGUUUUGCUAAUGUUCACUUUAGAUGAAGAUGUAUUAUCAGUUGACAGCUAGAACCCAAUAUAUAACAUUGUGCACAGAAUCAAGCCAAACUCUCAUGAUUACUAUUGAGCUAUGAUU